UGGCAUCCUUAAGGGUGACACUGCCAAGCUGACACUAGGAGAUACUGGAUGUGUAUGUGUUUGUGCCGGUGUGUGUCUGUCAGUUCUUUUAUUUCGUGAUAUAAAGGCAUACAGAAUAUUUGUGUAAAGUUUAUUAUUAUUGUUAUUAAAUCGUACGAAUAAGUGGCGAUCAUUUGAAAUACUUGUAGCAAAUACCGAGAAAGAAGAGCACGGAAAAGGAUUUGCUUUGCGUCCGUAGUACCUCACUCAAGACCGCCUUCAAGACGUGACAUAAGUUUAUUGCUCUCGAAGGUCAGUUCACUCGAAAGCAAAAGAUACACAUCAAGAAAGAGAGAAAGAGAGAGAAGGAUGAAACUACAACCCUCCUAGCAACAACAACCAUAACAACAAUUCUACAAAACACAGUAGAAAAAAUAUCGAACUCAACCCCGAAACCAAUUCCUUACACACAAAAAUAAAAACGAAUAAUAAAAAAAAACGUCUUGACCUGUGCAAAUUAGUUCUCAUCCCACUCCAUACUUCGAAAGAGGUCAUCUCGUACAAGGAAACUGCUCCGAAGACACUAAAUAUGCGCGAGUGGGUGAUAUUAGGUCACCUCGCUCUCCUAGCGGUCAUGUGCAUCGGCGGAGUGGAGGGUCGCGGGGCCGAACAGAUCCUCGGAGACGAGGCCAGGGAAGAGCCCCUCCUUCAGGACGCCCAGACGCCUGCUGGGGAACAGGUCCUCCCUGGAGCCGGCCCUCCCCACCCUCCCCCGAGGGAAGUCGAGAGGGAAGGCAAGAUGGAGGAGAAAGAAGAGAAGAAGGAGGAGAGGGAUGGAAAGAAGGAAGAGCAGGAGGAGAAGGAGGAUGGGAAGGAAGCAGUGGAGGAGGGAGAAGAGGAAGAAGAAGAAGGAGGAGGUAUCGUCUUGGUGGCCCUAGGGGGAGGCGAGGACGAGGUGGUCAUGGCACAGAUGGCGGCACUGCUCCACCUCAACGGCCACCGAGUCAGUGCCAUCGUCUACGGACCCGGACCGCGCGAGGAGAGGUUCCCCCAGGGGGUCAAGGUCCUGGAGCUGGGCGUGUCGGAGGACGACCCCCUGCACCCCGGGGGCUCGAGCGUCGCCGUGGCCCCGGGGGAGGAGGAGGGCGCCGAGUGGGUGAGUGGGCGUGUCCUGGCGUCGCGGGCGAGGGCGUGCGGCCUCUUCUCCCGCCUGCCGUGGGUGGAGGCGCGGUUUCGUAGCGCCCGCCUCGUGGUCACGCCCCUUUUCCUGCACGAUCUCUGCGUCCUCACUUUGGCGCAGCGCGUGGGCGUCCCUGCGGUGGGCGUGGUGACGUCGAGAGUGGGCGCGUGGUGGGUGUGGGAUAACCUGGGCGUCCUCCCUCCGCUGGCCACCACGCCCGUGCCGCCCGCGACGAUGCAGGAGCUGGACAUCUGGUCGAGGGCGGGCAACAUCGCGAGACACUACGGGUACAUCUCGAGCCUCCGUCAGCAGUGGCAGGUCCCCGCCCUCACCGCCCUCGACGCCUCCUGGUCCCCCACGCCCACCAUCGACGCCCUUUACGCCUCUCUCGCCCGCGUCCUCGUGGCCUGGGACCCUCUCCUGGACGCCCACCUGCCCCACACGCCCAUCGUCUUGCCCGUGGGCGGCUUUCACUACUCGACGGGGCACAUGACGAAGGACGUCCUAGUCCCCGCCCUCCUGAACCGCGCGGGCGUCCUCGUCGUCAGCGCGGGCGGGCGGGAGGCGUGGCUUGGACAGGACGCCCUCGCCGCCCUCCACAGCGUCCUCAGACCGACCUCCUACACCGUCCUGUGGCGAAUUUCCCACCCGCACCUCCAGCCGAAUGUCACCCUCGAGGAACUCAACGCAGCGACCGCCAAGUUUGUUUAUAAGGAGUACCUGCCGCUCAACGAUGUUCUGAGUCACCCUCGCCACCGCCUCCUCGUGUCGACGUGCGGGGACUCCGAGGCCAUGGCAGCUGCCUACUUCGGUUCCCCUACCUUAUGCCUCCCUGUUACCACGGAUCAGAAACUGGCUUCGGAGGCUCUCAGGAAGAUUGGUAUGGCGGUGGUGGUGCCUGCUCGAGUGCACGGUGCCGGCGCUGAAGGAGGCGCUGUCGAAACUGGCCGGCGACAGGAGUUACCGAGAGCGUGGCAGGAGGAUCGCCGAGGACCUGCACGAUUCCUCCCUUUCUCCCUCGGACCGACUGCUCUUCGCCCUUGAGCGCGUCUUGCGUCGCCUAACUCCCUCAGAUACAGGCCCCCCGCAAGCACGCUGUACCUCCUUCAGCAGAGCAACGCUGACGUGUACCUGCUUCUGCUGAUCCUGCUGACGACCCUGCUUGGAGUCCUCAUCGCCGUGGCUAUCGUGACUUUGCCGAUUCUCCUGAAGAAGCAGAAGGCCAAAGCAGAUUAGAGGAGGAAGAGGAAGAGGAGAAAGAGGGUGUAGGAGAGGAAGAGGAGAAAGAAGCUGUAGGAGAGGAAGAGGAAGGGGAGAAAGAGGGUGUAGG